AUGGACAGGAACAUUCUUGAUGCUGCUAGUGGUGGAGCACUAGUCGAUAAAACUCCAGCCGCUGCCAAAGCCCUCAUUGAAAAUAUGUCUCUUAAUUCUCAACAGUUUACCACUAGAGACAAUUUUGUUCAAAGCGUGAAUCAAAUGCAGGUUUCUUCCAACAAAGCUCUAGAGACCAGACUUGACGACCUCACCACCUUAGUCAAAUAUUGGAGGAACCAUCCCAACCUUCGAUAUGGAAACCCACAAACCAGCCAACAACAGAAUCCACCUCAAGCUGUUGCCUCUACACCUUCCGGACCAUCCUUAGAGGAUCUUGUUAAACAAAUGUCCGUGAACAACCUCCAGUUCCAACAAAGGACCGAUGCUAGCAUUCAGACCUUGAACACACAGAUGGGACAGCUUGCUACUCAAAUAAAUAACAUGCAAGCUCAAGGUUCGAAUCAACUUCCAGCCCAGACAGUUGUCAAUCCGAAUGGUCCUAAUGCCAAUGUGAGCACUAUUUCUUUGAGGUCCGGAAAGGUUAUAGAACCUGCCCCUGAAAAAGGUAAAAAAAUCAUUGAGGUAACUUCUGAACUUUCUCCUUCUGAACUUUCUCCUGCUGUGGUCGAAACUGAAAAAAAUAAAGAAAAAGAGUAUGUGCCACCAGUCCCCUUCCCACAUAGAGUUCUGAAAAAUAAAAGAAUUGAGGAGGAAGACAAAGAAAGAGAAAUAUUGGAUGUUUUCCGAAAAGUUGCGGUAAACAUUCCGCUACUUGAUGUUAUAAAGCAGGUUCCCAAGUAUGCUAAGUUUCUGAAGGAUUUGUGCACCAACAAGAGGAGGAUUAAGGGAAGUGAAGGAGUGAACUUAGGACGAAAUAUUUCUGCCUUUAUUCAGCCCAAACAAUCAUCUGAAAAGGUUGUAGGCGAGCAAAAUGUUUCAGCCCUCACUACUCAGGUUCUGCCACAAAAGCAGAAGGAUCCAGGGACAUUUGCUAUUCCUUGUACCAUCGGGGAUAGUAAAUUUGAGAAUUGCAUGCUUGAUUUGGGAGCAGGCAUUAAUGUUAUGCCUACUUCUGUUUAUAAUAACCUUUGUCUUGGCCCUUUGCAGCAUACAGGUUUAAUCAUUCAAUUGGCGAACAGGAGCAACGCUCGACCCGCCGGGGUUGUCGAUGAUGUUCUUGUUCAAGUUAACGAUUUGAUUUUUCCAGCAGAUUUUUAUAUUUUAGACAUGGAAGGAGAAACCAAGACAAGCAGAGCUCCCAUCAUUUUAGGCAGACCGUUCAUGAAAACGGCGAAAACGAAAAUUGAUGUUGACGAUGGAACCAUGUCCAUGGAAUUUGGUGACAUUGUCGCAAAAUUCAACAUUUUUGACGCCAUGAAACAUCCCUUGGAGGAGCAUUCCAUUUUUCACAUUGAGUUAAUCUCUGGAUUAGUUGAUGACACUUGUUCUGAAUUAUUUUCCAUUGAUUUUCCUUCUCUCGCUGGUUUUGAUGAUAUUUAUUUAUGUUCUGAUUGUACUGACACUAACCUUUGUGUUGUAUGUGCUGAGAUUGAUGCUGCCCUACAGGCUGAUACAUUUCCUACAAGUGAAAUUGUUACCGACGAAGCUGUUUUUGCAGUUGAUGCUCUUGAUAUCCCGGCUGCCCCAAGCAUUCCAUCCAUCGAGCAGCCCCCGUCCUUAGAGCUAAAAGUGCUCCCCGAGAACCUGAAAUAUGCUUACUUGGAGAGUAAUGAAAAACUCCCUGUUAUUAUCUCUUCUAACCUUGAUUUCGAUCAAGAACACAAACUUUUGCAGGUUCUUAAGAAGCACAAGAAAGCAAUCGGGUGGACAUUAGCCGACCUUCCAGGUAUUAGUCCAUCGAUGUGCAUGCACAGGAUUCUACUUGAGGAUGGAUCCAAAACAGUAAGGCAGCCCCAAAGGAGGCUUAAUCCUUUGAUUCUUGAUGUUGUGAAGAAGGAGGUAACCAAACUCUUGCAAGCAGGUAUAAUUUAUCCUAUCUCUGACAGUAAGUGGGUAACCCCAGUGCAGGUUGUACCUAAGAAAUCUGGACUUACAGUGGUGAAAAAUGAAAAAAAUGAACUUGUUCCCACUAGAGGAAUUGUUCUUGGUCACAUUAUUUCUGAAAAAGGAAUUUCUGUUGACCCUGCUAAGAUUGAUGUGAUUUCUACACUGCCUUACCCCUCUUGCGUUCGCGAGAUUCGUUCUUUUCUUGGUCAUGCAGGUUUUUACAGGCGUUUCAUCAAGGAUUUCAGCAAGAUAGCUCUUCCGCUGUCAAACUUGUUGAAGAAUGACGUCACUUUCAGCUUCGAUGACAAGUGCAAACAAGCGUUUGACUUCUUGAAGAAAGUAUUGACCUCCGCUCCCAUAAUCCAGCCCCCUGACUGGACCCUCCCUUUUGAGCUUAUGUGUGAUGCUUCUAAUUAUGCUGUUGGAGCUGUCCUUGCACAAAGAAUUGACAAGGCUGCCCAUGUUAUUUACUAUGCUUCUAGGACUUUAGAUUCUGCACAGUCAAAUUACACUACCACUGAAAAAGAACUGCUAGCUAUUGUUUUUGCUCUUGAUAAAUUCAGAUCUUAUUUGCUAGGUUCCAAGGUUGUUGUUUUUACUGACCAUGCAGCUUUAAAGUACUUGCUGAAGAAGCCGGAUGCAAAACCGAGAUUGAUCCGAUGGAUGUUGUUGCUCCAAGAGUUUAAUGUAGAGAUUAAAGACAAAAGUGGAGCUGAGAACUUAGUGGCUGACCACUUGAGCAGGAUAGAGAGAGAUGAAGAUCCUUUUCCUAUUCAGGAUGACUUUCCUGAUGAGCAGUUGUUUCUUUUACAUGGUAUUACACCUUGGUUUGCUGACAUUGUUAAUUUUCUUGUUGCUGGUGUUUUUCCUACAGGUGCAUCGAGAUCACAGGUUCAUAAAAUCAAGAGUGAUGCCAAAUAUUAUGUUUGGGAUGAUCCAUAUCAAUGGAAGUUUGGUAGUGAUCAGGUAAUCAGAAGAUGUGUCCCCGACAAUGAGAUUGAAUCUAUUUUGAAAUUUUCUCAUGCAUCUCAAGUCGGUGGACACUUUGGUCCGCAAAGAACUGCGAGAAAAGUACUCGAUUCAGGUUUCUAUUGGCCAACUAUUUUUAAGGAUGCUUAUGAGACUUACCGCACUUGUAAAGAGUGCCAAAUAGCAGGUACAAACAUCACUCGCAAGAGUGAAAUGCCUCAGCAGCCUAUGCUUUUCUGUGAGGUUUUUGAUGUAUGGGGAAUCGACUUCAUGGGUCCCUUUCCCGUAUCAUUUGGUUUUCUUUAUAUUUUGCUUGCUGUUGAUUAUGUUUCAAAGUGGGUGGAAGCUAUCCCCACUAAUGAUUCUAGAGUUGUUGCAGAUUUUGUCAGGUCUAAUAUCUUUUGUAGGUUUGGAAUACCGCGAGCUAUCAUUAGUGACCAAGGCACUCAUUUCUGCAACCGCACCAUGGAAGCUUUGCUCCGAAAGUAUGGAGUUGUGCACAGAGUCUCUACUGCAUAUCACCCUCAGACGAAUGGGCAAGCUGAGAUCUCAAACAGGGAGAUCAAACAGGUUUUAGAGAAAAUGGUGCAGCCAAACAGGAAGGACUGGAGUCGUCGUCUAGAAGACGCACUUUGGGCUCAAAGAACAGCUUUCAAGACACCCAUUGGGAUGUCUCCUUAUCGACUUGUUUUUGGUAAGGCAUGCCAUCUUCCUGUUGAGGUAGAACACCGUGCUUAUUGGGCGGUGAAAAGUUGUAAUUUUGAGUUGCAACAAGCAGGUAUUGAAAGAAAACUCCAAUUACAACAGCUGGAAGAGCUUAGAUUAGAGGCUUAUGAAAGCUCUAGGAUUUAUAAAGAGAAAACUAAGCACUUCCAUGAUAAAAUGAUUUCUAGGAAGGAAUUUUCUGUGGGCCAACAGGUUUUAUUGUUUAACUCCCGCCUUAAGCUUAUGGCUGGGAAACUUCGAUCAAAAUGGAUUGGCCCCUUUGUUGUUACUAAUGUUUUUCCUUCUGGUGCUAUGGAAAUAAAAAGUACAGGUACCGGCAAAGUCUUCAAAGUAAAUGGACAGCGGCUAAAGCUGUUCCAUGACAGUUCGAUGCCUAAUAUAGUACCUGUUGAAGAGCUCUCCUUGGACGAGCCGUCCUACACCCCAGCCGCUACACCUUAG